AUGGUUACGACGAUCAGCCCAUUUCGGCGGCUGCGUGAAAAUUCGCAAGACCGUACCGCACCGGCCCGACUUCGUGAUGGAGGACCACCCCCCCGAUUCUGUCUCGGCCUGCAUCGCCUGCUUGAGCCUUAUGAUUUGGGCACCAUAGGCAUGAGGAACUGGAUUGAAUUUUUUGCUAGAGGAGUCCUUUAUGCAUACGACUAUGGUGACGACGCAUCCGAUCAUGGUGACGACGCAUCCGACCAUGGUGACGACGCAUCUGACUAUCGUGUGACUACUGCAAACAAGGACUCUACGAUAGGCUGCCCAAUCAACCUUGGGCUUGGCUCCACAAUACAUUACUCUCAUAGCUUGUGCCUGCAAGGUUACAGAACAUUAACAUGUAUUAGACUCCAGCCGUUUAGGCCGAGGUCCUGGCUAGCCAUUGACACACUGAGUUUUCUUUCAUUGCCCAAUUAUCGGGCCUUCACAUGCAUCGCUACGCCAAAGAGACAUCACGAUCCUUACCGCCCUUUUAGAAUUUCAGGAGCAACAUUAACGUUUACCAAUAGUGGAAACACUGAACCCUCGAACAAGCUUCUUGGGCAUCGUUCCUUACCGGCUCUCAAUGAAUUCACAAACCUUCUCGCAUACCCCGCAACGGAAGAGUAACUCUCUUCUCUCUGCUACAUGAGUAAAGAUGAAAUAUCAGAAUGUUCCAUUGCCAGAUGAUCUGCACGGUACGGCAGACGUUGCUUCUCGCGUGGCAGGCAGGCGCCGGUUCG